UGUGUUCAUGUUCCUGUGCGCGGCUAGAGGGCUCCGCUGCUAGCCCUCAGCUAGCCUCUAAUUAGCAACAACCAUCCUCUUCUCGCCCGUCGAGAGGAUGCACCGUGAGCCCGAAUAAUGACGCCAAACGGUGCCGUUAACGGUUGAUUCGGGACCGUUUAAUAACCGCCACGUUUUCGGUCUCCAGGAACCUCAGAGCUCCGUGUGAAGAGGGGGGAACCUCCGGUUAAUUUGUUUGAGGGGGGGAAACAGCUAGCCGUCGUUACAUCGAACCGGGAUUUCCCUUUUAAAGCUCGCCAGAAAGCCCCAGAUGUGACCCUAGAAUAAAGCGAAAGUUGUGGAUUUUUUCCUUCCAUCUUUCCCAACAUCUGCUUUUCUCCAGCGGGUGCCGGUUAAAGCCUUCAGAGCCUCAGUGGCGGCCCCUUCGCCGAGCUGAAAGAUGGACUGGGCCGCUCCUGCCAAACUGAACCCGUACUCUCGAGCCCGCAUGACGGAGGCCUGGCAGCAGCAUGCCGUCGCUCCGCCCCCGGCCGUCCACGCGAUCCCGGCGGGAGCCGAGAACUCUUUGAGCUGCGCGGUGUACGGGAUCGUGCUGCAGCAGGACGCCUCAGCGCUGCAGCAGCAGCAGCAGCAUGGAGGCGGACAGCAGCACGCUGGAGCUCAGCAACAUGCAGGCGGACAGCAGCAGCAGCAGCAUCCUCCUCAGGCCCAGCAAAGCUCCCUGCAGGUGGGAACGGAGUCGGGACACAAGUGCGGGACGUGUGGACACGACAUCUCCCACCUGGCCAACCCGCUUGAACACCAGUGCAUGGUGGGUCAGGACCGGUCGUUCCAGUGCACCCAGUGUCUGAAGAUCUUCCACCAGGCCACAGACCUGCUGGAGCACCAGUGCGUUCAGGUGGAGCAGAAGCCGUUCGUGUGCGGCGUGUGCAAGAUGGGCUUCUCCCUCCUCACCUCUUUGGCCCAGCACCACACGUCCCACAACAGCAGCAACCCCAUGAAGUGCUCCAUAUGCGAGAAGACGUAUCGGCCCGGCUCCUCCGGCAACACGACGCCCACCUCCUCCAGCAGCUCCCAGCCGUCCAGCAGCGACGGGGCGUCGGCGAGCAGCAGCUCGUCCAUCCUGCCCUUCCCGUCGGCGCGGGACCGCCCGUACAAGUGCUCCGUCUGCCAGAAGGGCUUCAAGCACCUCUCCGAGCUGACGCGGCACGAGAGGGUGCACACGGGGGAGAAGCCCUUCAAGUGCGACACGUGCGACAAGGCCUUCAGCCAGUCGUCGCACCUGCAGCACCACCAGCGGACGCACAGCAACGAGAGGCCGUUCAAGUGCGCCGUGUGCGAGAAGAGCUUCAAGCACCGCUCGCACCUGGUGCGCCACAUGUACGUGCACUCCGGCGAGCACCUGUUCAAGUGCAACCUGUGCGAGCUGCACUUCAAGGAGUCCUCCGAACUGCUGCACCACCCGUGCCACCCGCAGGGCUCCCGGCCGUUCCGCUGCGCGACGUGCGGCAAGGGGUUCAAGCGGCCGUCGGACCUGCGGCAGCACGAGCGCACGCACUCGGAGGAGCGGCCGUUCCACUGCGACGAGUGCCAGAUGAGCUUCAAGCAGCAGUACGCGCUGGUGCGCCACAGGCGGACGCACAAGGACCCCUCGGACCGGCCGUUCAGGUGCAGCCUGUGCGACAAAGGCUUCAUGCAGCCCUCCCACCUGCUCUACCACCAGCACGUCCACGGCAUGGACAACCUGUUCAAGUGCGCCUCCUGCCAGAAGGAGUUCAGCCAGUCGGGGGAGCUGCUCAGACACAAGUGCGGGGAGUCGACCAACUCCUCGCCCGACAAGCCGUACAAGUGCGACGUGUGCGGGAAGGGGUACAAGAAGAGCUCCACCUUGCAGCGCCACCAGAACUCCCACUGCCAAGAGAAGCCCCUGAAGUGCUCGCUCUGCGACCGGCGCUUCCUGUCCUCCUCGGAGUUCGUCCAGCACCGCUGCGACCCGUCGAGGGAGAAGCCCCUCAAGUGCCCCGACUGCGAGAAGCGCUUCAAGUACUCGUCGGACCUGAACCGCCACAGGCGCGUGCACACGGGCGAGAAGCCCUUCAAGUGCGACCACUGCAACAAGGGCUUCAAGCAGCGCGAGCACUUGAUCAAGCACCAGAGCACCCACUCCAGGGAGGGCCAGUUCAAGUGCGUCUGGUGCGGCGAGCGCUUCAGUGACUUGGGCUCUUUGCAGGAUCACACUGUGCAGCACACGUCUGAUGACGGCGGCUACAGCGUGCCGCAGUGCAUGUGAAUAACGAUUUCUGUUUUACACCGAACGGACAGAGCCAUCGGCGCUUCGCCCUCCACCCACAGGCUGUUUCUGAACCUCAACGUCAUUCAUUCAGCGUCGCUCUGGACCGCAGCUGGUUACUUUCCCAGAUAUCACGCAGUUGGUCCGGUUGAACAGUCAAAGCAGGAAAAAAAAGUUAUUAUUCUGAGUCAUUUCUCUAAACUUUAAAGCUACUGAGAUAGAGGAAUUCUAUUAAAAUGUAUUUUUUUUUUUUUAACAGAACUAAAAGUGGAUAUUUUGAAUAACAUUGAACAAAGAAAUGCGUUUAAACUAGGGCUGAACGAUUUUGGAAAAUAAUCUAAUUGCGAUUUUUUUUCUUAAUAUUGCGAUUU